GAUAGGAUUUCUGGGACUUGGCCUGAUGGGAAGUGGCAUUGUCUCCAAUUUACUGAAGAUGGGUCACACUGUCACUGUCUGGAACCGGACUGCUGAAAAGUGUGAUUUGUUCAUCCAGGAGGGGGCACGGCUGGGAAGAACCCCCGCUGAAGUUGUCUCCACCUGUGACAUCACCUUUGCCUGUGUAUCAGAUCCAAAAGCAGCAAAGGAUCUGGUACUUGGUCCGAGUGGAGUGUUGCAGGGGAUUCGCCCAGGGAAGUGUUAUGUGGAUAUGUCCACUGUGGAUGCAGAUACAGUCACAGAGCUGGCCCAGGUGAUAGUGUCCCGGGGUGGUCGCUUUUUGGAAGCACCAGUCUCAGGAAAUCAGCAGCUAUCUAAUGAUGGGAUGCUUGUGAUCCUCGCAGCAGGCGACAGGGGUUUAUAUGAGGACUGCAGUAGCUGUUUCCAAGCGAUGGGGAAGACCUCUUUUUUUCUAGGUGAAGUAGGCAAUGCUGCCAAGAUGAUGCUGAUUGUGAACAUGGUCCAAGGCAGCUUCAUGGCAACGAUAGCAGAAGGACUGACUUUGGCUCAAGUGACUGGCCAGUCCCAGCAGACCCUUCUGGAUAUCCUCAAUCAGGGACAACUUGCCAGCAUCUUCCUGGACCAGAAGUGCCAAAAUAUCUUGCAAGGAAACUUUAAGCCUGAUUUCUACUUGAAAUACAUACAGAAGGAUCUUAGAUUAGCUAUUGCACUGGGCGAUUCUGUCAACCACCCAACUCCCAUGGCAGCUGCUGCCAACGAGGUCUAUAAACGAGCAAAAGCAUUGGACCAAUCAGACAACGACAUGUCUGCAGUGUACAGGGCCUACAUCCACUAGGCUGCACAGUUCUUACUAUUAAUACUAUGAUUAUUGAUUAAUAUUAUGAUACUGGGUUUUAACUCUGGACCAGUCCAUCUCUGUCUCUCCAUUUCCUUUUAUACACAGACUUUGAGAUCUGCCACGGAGGCAGCUGCUGCGGUGAGCCUUCCCCUGGUGGCAGAAGGGGGGGAGGAGGGGGCUCGGAUUGUUGCAGUCUAAUUAGAAAAAUCCAUGCCAUGCACUGACAGUCAUGGAACAGAACAGUGGCGGCUUGUUCAGAAGCUCUGAGGCAACUCUGCCAGAAAUCUGCUGCUUGGCUGCUUUUAUUUUCCUCUUUGUAAGCUUGUCCAAGAUGCCAUUUCUAA